AAGACAGUGAGAUUGAACUAGAAGAUUUAGAAGAAAUUAUCGAGGAGGAAGAAAAUAGAGACGAUAAACAAGAGGAAAUUGAAUCAAGCGAUUAUGAUUCAAAUGAAUAUGAGGUCGAAGAUGAAAUCGAAGAACAUGCACUUAAAAGAAAAGACGCCGAGGCUGUGAAAUCGCGACCAAUAAAGAAAAAACGUACAUAUGUUGAAGUUGAAUAUGAGCAUGAAACAUCAUCAAAGAUACCUGCUCGAUAA